AUGGCCAUCUGUCCCAGUGAUAGUACGAUCACAUUUGAGUUAAUAACGGGUCAGACAUUUAAAGCACCGGCCGAUAUCAUCGAGUCAUACACCGGUGUCAUGCAUCUGACUGAUUGUCUUCAAUACUGUCUGCUGAACGAUACGUGCAAAUCGGUAAACUUCGAGACAGGACUGUGUGUUUUGGUCAGUUCAUCGGCCAAUCAGAGACCCGAAGCUAUGAUAUCGGCACAGUUUCCGACGUUUACUAUAUAUGCACAGAAAGUUUGCCUAAAAGACAAAAAUAAAGUUUGCAUUAAUGGAUGGGCUUUUGAAAGGGUUAAGGGCUAUGAAUUGAAACGUUUGGCCAAAAAGACAGUAAAAGUACAGUCAAGGGUCGAGUGUAUGAACUCCUGUCUCAAUGAACAGACAUUUGAGUGCCGAUCCGUCAACUUUGAUGACCAGAGCAACGACUGUUCACUUUCAGAUAUGGACAGACACACCAUUAAUGUUAGCGAUGACCAGAGGAUCCGUAACUUUGGACCGGCGUCUACAUCGACAAUGGAUUAUAUGGAAAAUAAUUGCAUCGAUGAACCAAAAAAGUUUUGUGAGUUUCAUCCGAUAGCCGGCAAAGUUUUGCGGACAGUCGACUCAGUCUACGAAAACGUCGAUUCAAUCAAACAGUGCAAAGAGCUCUGUCUGAACAGUCGCUUCCGGUGCCAUUCAUUUGACUACAUCGACAGUGUCUGUCGGAUCAGCCAUUUGGACAAGAAUUCAGUGACACAUUUGGAUAACCCGUACCUCAAAGUGUCUGCACAGACAACAUACGAGUUGCUCAUGUGUUACAAUGUCACAAUACAAUGUCAUUCACGAGAAAUAGUGACAAAAGUGAAAACCAGUCGUCUAUUUAAUGGCAAGAUUUACGCCAGAGAUCAGCCCAAUCAUUGUCUCAAUGAUAUUAGCAAUAGUCUUGAGUUUAAUAUAACAAUGAAAUAUAAUAACGACGAUUGCGGUGUCCGUCAGUCCAGUCCCGGACACUUUAUCAACGAUAUUGUUAUACAACAUCACGAUCUGGUGGUCACAACCAAAGACCUGGCACUCGGCAUAUACUGUCGUUUUAAUCUCUAUAACGAUAGCAUGUCUUUCCUCGAUUUGACUAUUGAUGGGUAA